AAUAUGACAUUUCGUGUUUCGUGCAAGCUGGCGCUUUGACCGCCUGUCAAGAUCUUUUCUUGGCUUCUUUGAAAGUGGAAACAUGCUUUUCCUGCGCAAGAUGUAGGGAGAAUACUUAGAAAUUUCUUGCUCAAACUUAAAUGAGCAACACUGACGAGGAAAAUGAGCUUGAUGGCCAAUGUGACGUUGAUGAAGUGAGUACAGUGCAUAGUAUUACUAAUUUAUGCACCCCACUUCACCCGUAAUGCCUUAGUAUCGAUUGGGAUUACUUGUAUUUCGACAUUUAUUGUACUUUAAAAACCUCUUUUGAGUCCGUAACGCUAUAAAAUACCUAAACACAUUCAUGAAAUCUGAGGAACCCUGCACCUCAGAUCCUGAUGUCCUUAUCAGUGGCUCCUCUGGAUAAGGCUGUCACCAAGAGCCCGGAGCCGAGGAUUUCCCCCGGCUACUAUGACCGUGAGCCCCAGCUACUUUCAUAGGAAACAACAGGAAAAUAGAGCCAAAAGUACUUCCUAGCUGGACAAUUCCCCUCUUACUAACUGAGGGGGGCAUUGGGAUUUUCGGUUUUGCGGUUUUGGCUAUUUUUUAGAUCGGUUUUUCGGUUUUUGUUGCAAAAGACCUCGGUUUUUCGGUUUUGGUGGUCAUUGUGGUUUGUGGAUUUUUCGUUUUUUAGCAUCUGGUUUUCGGUUUUCCUGAAAAAUACUAACGGUUUUUCGGUUUUGGUACCCGAUGUGGUUUUUGUUUUUUCCUAUUUUGGGUUCCGGUUUCUGUUCGAUUUGAGCAGCACUUGAUCUCGAACAGCCGCGAAACGCCAAAGUUAUUUAGAGGAAUGCGUGACAAAUAAAUUCAUGGUAGGGGAUCAAGCGUCUCCCUUGACGCCCGGCGAGACUUUGACCUCGCAGACCAGGGCGACCAUUUGGUCAGUUUGCGAGCUAUGGCUUCCAACGUGCCUCCCACGCCAGCAACGGAAGAAGCCAUUUGUUUGGUUCGCCAUUGCAAAACUGUACUUGAAGAGCAUGCAUAUCAAAUAUGUGCUGAGAGUAACAUCACUGACGCCCCAAAUGGUCCCCAAGGUCAUGUCUCUGCAAAAACAGUAAACUCUGUCCAAUUAAUUGAAUGGGGACUAGGAAGACUAGCAGGCAUUCUAGGAGAGUAUGACUACAAAGCGCCUGAUCUUUUAAGCUGUAUGACUUUAGACGUUGAAAAUUGCCAUGCCACUGUUCAUUCCAAGAAAGUGAACGUGUCUAAGCUCAAAUAUGCUAGGUCGUUUGGUGCAACAAUGAAGGAGAGCAUCCGAACGUGCUACAAGCUGGGCUGCGUACUAUCACACCAGUCGAAGGUCCUAGUACCCAAAGCCCGACACAACGUAUUCUCUUCAUAACGUACCGUUGAUGAUGCCUCUGUCCAUUGUCAGCCUUCCUGCAAAUGACUGUGACCUCUUACGCAACUGGGCCUCAGCAUAUGGUGCUGCAGUAAGACAAAGGACAGUGCGGCAGGAAACUACAAUGGCUAAGCACGGAACAUUGCCAGAGUAUCUUUAUCAACGCCAUCUCGAAGUUGGUGAUAAGGUUAAUCUGAACUUCGGAGUUGAUGAAGAUGAAGGACCCCAUGAAGAUCUGAACGAGCGUUAAGUGAGUGAGGAAGCUAGUGUCUCUAGCGAAGGCCAGCAAGAAUUUGAUGAAAGUAGUGACGAAGAAGUUGAAGUCAGUGCAGAUGACAACAAUUCUCAGGGCCAGCAAGAUGAAUUAGGGACAUCGAUGAAUUUUCUCUUUGGUACAAGGUCGCGAUAUGGAAGGGCAGUGAGGUUCAAUAAUCGACUGCUGUUUUGAGUAUCUGUUGAUUACCACAUUAAACCUUAGAGCAAGUUCCUGCUGCCAUGUAAAACUGAAAAGGAACUAAUCGUACCGGUUAGCUUCCUCAGUGUUGACUCAGCUCAGUGCAAUCGCAUGUUAGACAAUCGAGUCUCCAAACUUUCAGGUGUUAGUUAUCAAAUGGAAAUGUUCGAUUAGAGAUUUUCGAUUGAAGUUUCCAGAGCUAUAGCUUUUUGCGACUGCAAAAUUGCAAUUCUAAAGAGGACUUGUGUGCAAAUUCUCCUAAGUUAACUAGGCUCCAUAACUAGCGUCUUUUCGGAAAUUGAGCCGCAAAGUCUGGGCUCGAGAGAGCGGCAGAAACAAAGCCUAUGAUUUAAGCAGACACAAAAAGAUACGAAGGCUUCAGACAAAGUCCAUGACAUUCACAAAUACUUUGGUGAAAUUAGUGUUAGUUUAGUUUGCUCUGUAUGCCCCACUUGUCACCAUUGUAUCGGGUUUUUGACGGUUUUUUUGUAUGCGGUUUUCGGUUUUGGCUGAAUUUUUUUACGGUUUUGCGGUUUUGGAUGAUUUUUUCCUUCGGUUUUGCGGUUUCUAAUACACCCCAAUGCCCCGCUCCUAACUGCACAUACCCAACAACUUGAAAUUUUAGCGACAGCGUAGCGCUGUCUGGGCCUGCCAGUUUUCCAGUUAGCUCUGUUACCUUUAGUGAAGGAGGUUACACCCUCUCCUGAUCACAAAAUGAUAAAACUUCUAACAUUUGAUAACUUGUCUCUGCCACUUCGACAUUCUCGCUAAAACUCAUAGUAGAUUGACGACGGCUACCAUGUUUUCCACGGUUUUCCCGCCAAAAUGACACUGGUUCAUGCGCAAGCACUAGUUUCUCAUACUCGUUGCCGUAAUCAUCUUAGAAUCUAAAGCUACGUAUUUCUUACUUCAUACUACAAGUCUUGUUAUUUUUCUCUUAGAGAGAUCUCCAGUGGUCACCCUUUAAGGAAUACAAUCACCUGAGUGCACUUGGGAUAAAUCUGGAUCGUGAUGUUGUUAAGUCAGUGAUUGAAGACGCUUUUCCGGCUAUUGAUCAAGAAAAGGGGAAGCAUGUAGAACUUAAAAACUUUUCUUCGCAAGAACGUGUGCCAGGGUUGUUUUCACUUCUUUAUGACAGUGAAAGUUGCUGUAGUGGAAGUAUUUCACAUGGAAAUACCUGCGGCCGAACAAUGGCAGCUGAAUGCAUAGCAAAAAGAGAGGUUGCCAUGUACAAAUGGAAAGGACUUCUUCAAAGCUUGUUCCAAACAAAACCUGUUGGACUGAGUGAAUUAAAAUGGAGACAACACUUUUUUGAAGUACUUUCCUUGAUUCCAGUGGACGAUAAAAAAUUGUUGGUUUCAAACAAGAAACUUUGUUCAGUGUCUGACAUAUUGGGUGGCAAUAGUGCUGGUCAACCUGAUCCGAUAUACAGCAACUUUGGAAGGCUUAGGAAUGGCUUUUAUGUUUCUUCAAAGGGUGUGGUGUUUUCCAGUGAAACUGAGGUUAGUAUAAGUUGUUUAUUCAAUAAACUUUAAAUUAGGCUCUGUUUGCAUUGCGACAAAAAAAAGAGUUUGGCAGUUGCAAAAAAACUGAAAAUUUUGUAGUUACCAAGUUUUUGUUUUUGUAACCUUGUUUGCACCCGAGAUACAUGUAUGCAAAAGUUUUUGUGUAACCAAAAACGUUAAUUAAAGGAAAUUGUUGUGUUCUCAAAUCAAGAAACAAAGGAUUUCGACACCUGACAAAAAAUUGUAAGCCUCUAAAUAAUAAUAUUCCUGACGGCAUCUUUGAAGUUUGCUGACACUUGAGAAAAUUCUGGUACAGUGUAGGUGAAAAACAUUGUUUACACUAGAAAUGGUUUCCUGUUAAUAGAUUUUUUUGCAAAAUUUUAUGUAGUGUGAACAGGGCCUUAUAGUGUUACCUGUUAUAAUGUGUGGACACCAACGGGACACUUGCUUGCUAAUGCCCACUGCUUGACAUGGGUUCAUGUCAGAUGGGUUUGUGGAAAGAAAAGUUUGUAGCCUGUGAAUACAGCUUCCUCCUGUUGCUGUUUUGUUUCACCAGAGGCAUCAACAUUUGGCUUUAAAAACUAGGAAAUGAGUGCUUCUUGGUAGAAACAUUAUUGUACAUUAAUUCUGUACAUGUGUAUUGGAUCUCUGUUGCCUUGCAUCCUUUGUCUGCCAAUGCAGGCCCGCAGGUCCAGGUUUUUUAAGGAAAGGUGUGAUGUGAGGCAUUUUGAGCAUUUGAAGGCAGAAUGAAAAGAAAUCAGCAACCAAAAGCAAAACAUGGAUAUUCUGCAAAAUUUUUAAACUUGAAAAUUGAUUUCUUGGCAAAGAGACUACUAUGUGUACAUGUAUGUAUUUUAAAAUUAUAUUUUGAGAAUGACAAUGGCAAUAUAAUGUCACUGUUUAAAAAGAAGAAAUAGAAAGAAAGUAUUAAAUCUGAUUAUUCACUAGGGUUUGCUGCUGAUCAUCAUGAUCUUUCAGUAGUGUGCCAAGCAGCAAACAGAUCAGCAAUUUCUUCCACAAUGAUCAAUGUCUGUUAGAUAGUACAUGCACGUCAUAUUUCUCUAGUUACGUGAAACCAGUGAAAUGUGACCCAAUGAGAGCACCCUGAUGGGCCACUCCUGCCAGGGCAUCUGCUUCCCAAAGCCCAAUAAUCCAUGACUUUUAGAUUUACUUUCAAGAUUUUUAUAUGAGGAAACUUGGUUCUGAUAAAUGCUGCAGCCAGAAAAUCUGCACUAAUAGCACUUACAGUUUCUGUUUGAGGUAGUUUUCGAACAAAGGGAACUUAUGGAUUGACAAAAUCUUGGGAUGGCCUCUCUUCUUGCUCUCUUGGGCCCAGUUUCUCCCAAACUAUGUUAAAGACUGUUCAACUGUUGAAAAAUUGAGAACAUUAUUUUGCAAUAAUUACAUUGUGGGCACAGUAUUGCUUAUUAAUUCACUGUGUUUUAAAUCGAAAAAGUGAUCCUCUGGAUGGGGAGGUUGUGAGUCCACCCAUUGCACAGUUGUGAUACAAAGUUUUUAUAACACUAGCAGGACAGUCUUGCAUAUCAAUGACUCCAUAUUAGGAAGUAAAUUUUAAUUGGCUCUCUGAAAGACUCAUCAUUGGAACAGGCUCAUACACUUCAGGGUUAUAUGCUUCUGGUUCUGGUGAAGCUUGUUUGCCAAAGAAUACAAAACACGUCCUUAGUGGCAAGGAGCAAAGAGAGAUGGUUGUUUUCGCAGGCUAUCAUUGAGGGUGUACACACAAAAGGAAGUUUUCCCUUUUUGUGCAGUUAACCUGUCUUGUUAUUUAGGUGAAACUUGUGUCCUUACUUAUUUUUUUUAAUACAUGUGCCAUAAUUUUAAUUUUAAUAAUGCUUUGUUCAGUGCAUUGAAUGGUGUAGGGCCCGUCAAAUUGCGGGGGAAACACUUUAAAUAACUAGUUACAACAGUUGUUUCUAUUAGAUAUACUGCCAUUAAAUAAUACAAAUGUAUAUCUACAGUUGCAUAAGAAACCAUUAAUUUUAACAGAUGAUGCAGUUUAAUACAAAAAUGGGUGAAAUGGAUGAAAAGCUUAAGUAUGAACUGAGUGUGAUCCAACACCAACAUAACAAACUUAAGGUAAUUAACUGGAAUGAGUAAUGAUAUUAUUGAGAUAUUAUUAUUAUUAUUAUGUGUAACAGGGUUAGAAGUCUAUCAUAAUUUGAAAAAUAUGCCUGAUAAUUUGAAGAAAAAAUGUUUUGAAACCAUGUAGAGGUAUGCCGUGUUUUUGUUCCCCGAGGCAGCAACACGAAAUAAAAUUUUCUAUCAGACAGUAGGAUAAGCCAUCUCACCAGGGUUUAAAAUGCAAAAUUUCAAGGCUCAUUUUCAAGCUCUUUCUGGGAAAGGGCUUCGCUCUUUCAAAAUAUUCUCCUGUCACUUUACACUCUUCUCCUGCUACUGCAAUUCUUAAUGAAACCCCUGAUUACAUGUACAUGUAUGCAGAUCUGUUUAGUCCUGGUUAGAAAAUUGAAGUUUCAUGGCUUCUAUUCCAGCAUUUUCUACAAUGAAAAAAGGUGUGGCCUUUUUAAUGUAUAUUUUUCUCUGGAUCUAAAACAUGAGGUUUACAAAAUGAUGCUUUGGCGUGUGGAAUAAUAAUUAUUAUUGACCCCUGAUCUGCCUGAUUGAAUGACAGAUUGUCCCUUUGAUCAUAGGCUAACAUAGAGCAAAUUGAAAAACAGUGAUUGGCAAAUCUAUCACUCGAACAAAAGAAAGAUAUACUCCUUCACAUUUGUCUUCAUGUAGUACAAAAAAAUGUACAUAUAGUUAUUGUUCAGGGCCCAGUUGUUCGAAGGCCGAUUACUGCUUAACCCAGCGUUAAAUUUAACCUAGAUUUCUUUUUCUCUUGUUCAAAAGCAUUUUCUCGGAUAAUUUUCUAUUUUUAAGAGCAUCCAAUCAUCAACUUGUUGACAAAAAGAAUUAAACUGAAUUUCCUUUUCUACCUGAAUUCAAAUUUCAAACUAACCCUGAGUUAUCUUAACCCAGCUUUGAACAACACAACCCAGCGGUAUAAAUUUACCUAAAGCUACAUUUAGGCUAUCAAGAACCACUUUCCACCAGUUUUGUGGAUAAAUUGCCAUAUUCAUUUGUCAUCUCAAUACAUUCAGAUUAUUUUACACCAUGUGAUUUUUUUUUAUAUUUCAACUUAAAGGGAGAAACAUGUUGUUUAAGUGAUACAGCCGUGAUUAUUAAUGUGACUUGAAAGAUAGAAAAACACUGAAGUGGCUUAAACCUAUGAAAAAUAGCUGGCAUACUCAGUAUUCAUUUUUGAUUAUUUUUACACUGAUUGCAUAGCAUUAAUUUUUAUGCCUGUCUGACACAUUAAAUUUUUAUUGACUUUGUGUAAAUUGAAGUGUCACAUUCUGACAGUUGGUUUAAAUAAUAAAUUUUUAAAAUCAUGCAAAGUGAUAAAUAGGGGUUAUCGUUUUGUGGAAUUUCACAUUUUUUAGUUUUCUAGUGAUAAUAACAAUCUAUCAACAGUCAUUGGCGUAAUCUUUGUAGACAACAAAAAAUUGCUUCAUGCCUGUAUUAUUUUAUACAUAUUUUAAGAAUUUUCCUUUUUUAGACUCUUAUCAUACUCUACUCUGUUUUGAUGAACAAUAACUACAUGCAGAUUUCAUGCAAUUUUUUGACACUUUCUUUAUUUUAAUAUUAUUCUGACCUGUGAAACCAUUGCAAAAACCUUGUGGUAGAAAUUAUUCUAAAAUUUUUAUGAGAACAUCUUCAAUUUAUAAUCAAUGAUAAAAUUAACUGUCAAGAAUUGUCAUUUAAAAAUAAUUUUAUAUCCAUCACUGUUGGUGUUCCCAUGCAAAUUUGUUAAAAUUAAUGAAACAUGUUGCCUCAAUUCUAUUGGUCUCUUCAGUUUCUAUAAAUAUCCUAAAAGACUUUCAACAAACAUCACAUGAGCUGUUUUGGGUAAACGGCUCCCACUGACAGAUAAGAAAUUUUACCAAAGUUAUAUUGUCCAAAAAGCAAAAGAUAACAGGAAGAGAUCCAUUUUAUCUGACAGAAAUAAUAACAUUGUUUUCUUCACAUAUUGUCAGAUGUUCUCAGUGGUCCAUGACAAACCUUGAAAGCUGUAUAAAGGAGGAAAUUUAAAAUGAGCUAACAGGAAAAGUGUUGUUUGAGUUGGCAUGAGAAGAAAGGAGUAAAUUUUCAUAAAAAUUUAUUUAGAGGUUUGCAAGUUGCUGACAGAAGUACCCAAGAAAAAAAUCUUUCACAAAGCAAAAUGUCAUCACUAAUGGUAGGCAUUUAUUGUUACAUACAUGUAGUUAUUUGAUUUUUCUUUUCUUUUGAUAUGAAUUAUUUUGUCCUAGAGGAUUACUGUUCCAGCCUCUCAGAUACUCAACAUGGAAAUUUUUUUUCUAUACAAAGCACUGUUUAGAUAGUAGCAAUGUCAAGAAAAUGUUAAUAACUUUCUAGCUGCAUUAGACUGAUGUUGUUAUUUAGAAAAACAAUGAAUAUGGUGAGUUAUCUUUUAACAUUUAACAUCCACCUGAUAACAUGCAAUCUGAAUUCAGACAGAGGUAAAGCACUUUAUUUUCAUGCUUGUAAAUUGCACUGCAAGGUGAAAGUGAUGAUAGCUUUUUGUAUUGACAAUAGAAAUAACAUCAUUUAUUUAAGAGAGAUAAAUAAUGGUAUUAUUUGCAUUAAACAAAAAUUCUUUUUAUUAAUAACACCAAGAAUAAUAUUUUAUUAAUGUAUGACACUGUUAAAAUUAAAAGUAUAGUUUAUGUUCUUUAACCAUCAGCAGAGCUGUCAUUGUUAUAUUGAUUAAGAGGUGGGGGCCCUACUAUGAACAUGACUCCCAUCAAUUUUUGUACGGGAAAAUAUAAGAAAAUGGAACAAAAUAAUUAAAUCUCUAGCUGUCUGAUUCCCUGCCAACCUUGUUGCAAUUACCCAGUAACUUGAAAUCCUAGUGGCAGCCUUUGCAUUACAUACAAAGUCAUGUACAUUGUGCUUUAUGAGAAUUAUUGUCAGCAAGGCAUAUAGUUAUUUUUUAAUCUUAGUUGUAAUUAUGCUCAGCAAUAUAACAGAUACUCCUUUUAACCCAUUCGUCCCUGAGCUGCCUGUAACGGCCCUUACGGAUCCACGUCGUUUCUACCGCUUGUGACAUCAUCAGUUGUAAUGGUCAAGGACAACUUUGUCCGCUAACUUGUGCAGAGUGAAGAUAUCUUUCAAACCAUACCAGAAUGAGCACAAUUCAGUCAUGGACACCGGAGAAAGAGGCAAAAAAACAUGUAACAUUGACUGGAAAAUUUCCAUGAAAAUCUUGUUCCACUAUCCACCUACCAUUUCGUCAAAUCCAAAGAUCCUACAUUUAAAAGCUUUCCUAAAAACUUUUCCCACCAAAAUGAAGCCUACUAAAUGCCCAGCAAGAGAAAAAAAAAUGAGGCAACAAAAGCAAAAAAAGAGGGGAGGAGAGAAAGUGAAAAGUAAAAGUCAAGACUGCUGUGUCACUUUUAAACUCAAAAACUAUCUCAAAAUUUUGCUUUCUGCGCAUGCCUGAACUUCGAAAGCUAAUAUUGUACAUCUGGAUCAGAAGGCCGCCAAGUGUAUGACCUGUAAACAGCUCUUUAUGGCACAAUGCAGUGACCAGAAAACCACUCGAAUAGCUUCAAAACAGGUUUUCAGCAAAAUCUCUGGGGCAAAUGGGUUAAACUCAACUGAUUGGGCACUCAGCCUAAUUAUUGGCACCCUUAUGUGUAUUGUCAACUUCUGUAAAACAACUCUAUGACUGUUAAAUUUUGUGGAAAGUUAAGAAAAUAUUGGCAGGGUUGUCACUAAGAUUUCAAGUUGCCAGGUAAACACAACAAGUAGGCAGGGAAUCAAACGGCUAGGGAUUUCUUUUGGUUCUAUUUUUCUUCUAUUUUCCAAUAAAAGUAGCAGGGGGCCACUCUCUUAGUAGCCGGGGAAAAUCCCCGGCCCCCAGCUCUUAAUGACAACCCUGAUUGUGUGUUCGUUGCUAGCUUUAACAAGAAUGGAAUAUUGAAUUUUGAAUUCCCCAGGCAAAAUAAUGCUAAAAAAGGAAAACUGGAAACCAAAAAAGACACGAAAAAUGAAAAAACGUUUUUUGGCUUAUAUGCAGGGGAGUUUAAACCAGACUGAAAAAAAGCAUCUCAAAACAAGCAGUGCUGAUCAAAACACUUUUUGAAUUUACUCACUCUUUUGAGCUUUUAAAUGUCAUAAAAAUCAAAUUGAAUUCAAUACAACAAGGUGCAAAGAAAGUCAGUUUUACUGCUUGCCAUUUGGGCUAGCUAUAGCUAGCAUGUACUAGCCCAAAAGUCAUUUUAACUUAGCCCCAAAAAGUUUUUGAUGAGCCUGUUUGAUUACACAGUUCUUCUGUAAUCUGAAUUCUUUGAAAAAUGUCACUUGUUGAAGUUGAGAACCGAAUUCACUAGUCUUAUAGCAAAAUCCACUAGCUCCAGGCUAUGGGACACUUCUUUUUUUGCUCAGUGUACAAGCAAGAGGCGGUCUUAUAAUUGGAUGUAUUUUUUGUGUAAAAGAAUAAAGUAUACUGUGUAAUCAAGUUUUAAAGUGUAAAUUUUAUGCCCUCCUUUUAUAUUCUUCUGUCUUGUUUUUCUUCCUCAGUUGAUAUUUUGUUCAAAAUGCAAUGUCAUGUUAACCUAGUAAUUGGCAAUAAAUUCCUAAUAUUUUCAUGGCAUUCAAAUUUGUUUUGAAUUUUUCAAUUGGGUCAAAAUUGUCAUGGGAACAAGUUAGUAUGCAAUCAAGGGUCUCCUGAACUUAGCAAGUUGGCAUAUCUAAUCUCAGCUCUACAAGUCACCAACAGAAAUUAGAAUACUGACAACUUGAACAGCUGUGUACAUACAUAAUAUUUCUGCUUCAUUAUUUUGAUACAUUUGAAGAGUUUUUUAUUUCAUUUAUCUCUGCAGAUUUAUGGUAUGGAUAUUCAUCUCUAUUCAGAGUGAAAAAUUUAUAUAUUUUAAUAACCCAUUGUCUUCUCCAUUGUUGAAUAGCUUCCAUUUAUAAAUCCUUCUUUCCAUGUACAUAUUGUUUCUUGUUUAUAACAUUCAACUUAAACCCACAUUUCUUAAAGUUGGAUUUUGAUUUGGAUUAUUCCAGAUAUAAUUUAUAGAAUUAGCACAAGUUGGUUGUUUAAUUUUUUUAGAUUCAACUCAUAGUAGUAAUGGGAAUAUUUCUUUUCAUUAUUUUUUUCACACAUAAAAUGAAUUCCCUCAGCUAAUCUUGUCUGUAUAUGUAUCUAUGUAACAUACCAUAGACUGAACUAAAUACUAAUAAUUUAACAUACUGUGUAUUAAGUAUUUGGUCAUUUACACUAGAUGAACCAUAAUAGUCUAAGACCAUUUGUUUUUAAACAUUCUUGUUAGUAAUUUUGCCUUUGUUGUUGUCGAAAUUUGAUGAAAAAUGUUCCAAGCUCCCUUCUUUUAACUGUCACUGUGAGUCUUAAAGGCAGUACUAUACAGUUUGCUGGGGUGUAGUCAUUCUUUCGAUUAUUUGUAGGCCUGGCUGACUUUCAUUUCCACAUAUCCUGAAAAUUGCACGCAUGACUAGUCUGACCUCACCAACACUUUUACCUCUCACCCCAAUAAUGCAUAAUUAAUUAUUACAAGACAGUGAUAGAGUGAUCAAACCAAAAAUUUGUAAGCCCAGAUAUACAGGUCUAUGGGCUGGCUACACCCCUGGUUUGAAGCACUGCUAAGCAGUAUAACACUGUUAUAUGGUAAUCGAUGGGAUGGGUUCAUUUAAAACAGUUCAAGAUGCACAAGAUGUUUCUUCUGGGGAUGGGGGAAGUGAAAUGCAAAAAAUGGAGAUCCAACUAGUUUACAGGCACUCAAAUGCCUCUACGGUGGCCCGGUUGGGUUUAAAUUCCGACAAGCCACAUAGCCUUGAAAAAGCAACAUGGAGAUGGAUCAAAAAUGUGACAGCGAUGAGAAAUAAGUUACUGACAGAAAUAAGUUACUGACAGUGACAUGGCCUCAUCUUCAAUACGAGAAAUGACCGAUUUUAAAAUUCAGCAGGGACAUAACAUAUCCCCCCUAAAAGGGCCUGUCCGAGGCUUGAGGAUACAUAACUUGUUUUAAUUGUUGAUUUUCCAGAUAGUUGACAAGUACUCCACACAAUUAACUUGUCCGCAGUCAUUUAGAUGACACACAACCUUGUUUACAUAAGUCACAACUGAGAGAAAGUAGACCAACUAGCUCAGCAGAGAUCUAGUCAAGCUGAAGGGUGUUAACCAGAAACAAAUCCAGCAAAUGGCCAGGUCCCAUGCCUGACAUCAUGCUGGCCAAUCCCCUCUCCCCCCUCACCCCACAAGCUCCCUUAAGAGUUAAAAGUUGAAUUGAUAUUUUUAGAUUAUCUCGUUUUUCUGUGAAACUCCCAAAACCGUGAACACCAGAAAUAUUUAUGGAAUGUUAUUUAUUGCGAGAAAUAAGCCACUAUGGCGAGAGAUAACUAAACCGCAAACAGCAACAGUCUUUAGUUUGUGGUUUUGAGGUUUGCUUGGGUAUGCUGAACUUUAUUGUGAUUGGCCAGUACACAAUCAACAUUCCUGAAAUUUUUCAGGUGUUCACAGCUUUCUCAGUUUGACAGUAAGAAUGGGUGAGAAUCCCAGAACUGGCCUUGAAUGUGUUACUCUUUUUAUAGGCCAAAGCUGAAGAAAAGAAGCUGCUGUCUCAGAGGACAGAAAGUCAUGAAGAAUCAGAUCAUGAUGAAGAGAUAAGAGAAAACCUGCAAUUGAAUAAAGAAAGUAAUCCUAAAGAUAAAGCAGAAAGGUAAGAAGUUAAGGUUAACAACUGAAGUUGGACCUAACACACAACUGAUUAAGUAAUACCUUGAUGGUGAUACAGUUGAACCUCUCCUUGCAGACACCUCCAUAAUACAAACACCUCUAUUAUGGACAGUUCUCUUGGUCGCAAAGAUACCAAACUUUGUACAAUCCCUACCCCCAUUAUACAAACACCCCUUUAUUCCGUGGGAUGCCUGUGGCACUCCCACGGUAAAAAUCCGGUUCGGUUGUACCCAAAAUUGCAAAGCCAGCCAAUAGGAUUGCCUAAAAUCUUUAUCGAUUAUCUCUUCUUCCAAGCCGACCAAUCAGAUUGUACAAAAUCUGUAUAGAUUUUUAAUCGAUUUGCUUCCUCUGAAGAACGUUGAAAUCAGAACGUUCCUUGCCAAAUUUGUCACCCUUGCAUUUUGCCACUCGUGGGUUAGGAUGGCUUGAUAACCAGCGAAAUCCUCCGGGAUACUGGUAAGUCACGAAAGGCGACCUAAGCCAAAUUAUUUCUUCCCUUCAUGACUUUUUUUUUUGUUUAGGUCUAGCUUUUUCAUAAGGUUUUAGUAGCGUCUGGUUGCGGGCUAUGAUUUCCGAUAGAUUUUUCUAUUCGGAGUUCGCCAGUUUUUGCCGAGCACAGCUAGAGUUCAGUUUUUUUCUUUUCUCAUCGAAAACACCUUGACGAUGGGAGGUUAAAUCGCGUAAAUUUCAACUCGUACCCUUGAAGAUUGGCGGUGAAAUCACGAAAAUAUUGUCUUCUUCGAUCGACGACUCGCUUUCGGCAUGGAUUGGACUUCUGGAUGGGACACGGAUCAGGACCUUAAAAAACUUAUUAUACCUUGGAAUCAGGGAUAAUCAUUGGAACUAUGUUAACUUUGAGACGUUGGAAACACAUUGCAAUUAAUUUUUAACCGUAUCAAGAGCAUCUUGGAAUAUUAAACUUUCAUCUUGGAUUGAAACAUUGGAACUUUAUCGAACUUUGUAACCCUGGGUUCCACCCUGGAUAAAGGAAGCGGAUGUUUUGUUUUGUUUUGUUCCAUUAACCUAAAACUACAAUGUUUAUUUCUCUUUGAAAAAGUUACCUGUGGCUACUUACUACCAAGAUAUGACGUAUCUUUAUACAUAUAGUUCCUGUUCAGGUUAAUCAGAGAGCAUUAUGCGCAUGUUCUCCAUUACUUGUUUCCGUUAACAUUCCAAUUUAAGUUACACGGGUAAACCUUGUUUUGAUGCAAAAUAACUUCUUUUUCUUAUCCAAAUCGUGCUAUGAAAAUAACUACAUAGCGAUAGAUCAAAACAAGAUCAACUCCAUCCUUGCGACCACUGACAACUAUAAAUUUAGCUUGCGUAGCAGGUGUCGAAAGGGGUAGGGGAUAGGGAGGAAGCAAAAAGGGGAUGUGGAUUGGGGAGAAAUAGUAGCCUGUCACGCAGGCUACUAUAAAUUCAGUCAUAAGCACAUUAAACCAACCCAUACAGGUAACCUACUCAUCGAUGCUCAUAACAUGACACAUCUUUCCGGUUUCCCUAAUUUUUCCAAAUUCAGAUAGAACGCUAUUAUGCUUCCAUAGACCAACGCAUCCCACGGAAACGACUUUAGGCGUCUUGUUACAGAUAGUUCUCCUUGUCCCCAAGACAUCAAACUUCCCAAAUUCUCCACCUCAGUACAGACACCUCUGUUUAAUAUGCAGACAAUAAUAAUAUAUUGCCUUUGUACCUCCUGCUGUUUUAAGGAAUUUUGACUGUACUUCCUUUUGGUAGUUUUUCUUAUUUGGGUAUCCUGAAAAUCUAUCCAAAGGCAAUGCACUAUUAGUAGUCUCCCCCAAAUAAUGUAGGCUGAGAAAACAGCCAACAUUUUGUGACACCACGGCUAGUUUCCCCGCCAAAUGACUUUUGAGAAACAAGCACAGAAAUUCCAUACUGAUGAUGCGUCACUACCAAGAUCUGGGUUGUGCCUCUGAUUGGUCAUAUUUUCGGAAAUUUGGUUUAACCAAUGAGAAGCACAACCCAGAUCUGGGUAGUGAUGCGUGCUUGUUUCUCAGAUGUCAUUUCAUGGGGAAACCAGAGGUGGUAUUGUGAAAUGUCGGCUGUUUUCUCAGGCUACAAAAUUAAUAAUCCCGGUUGCACUCCUCUCACCAAACUGGAACCCCCACUCAACUUAGCGACAUCUUCUGUUCUCCCUCACUUUCUCAAAAUAGUGCAAAAUGUAACAAAGAAAUGCUUCUCUUUCAUGUCAUGAUUUUUUAAACUUUGUCUUUACUAUUUACCAUUUUUUUAUUUAAAUUAUAAUAGAAAGAGUGGGGUUUCUUCAGUCUACAAAUUGUAACUGACUUCCAGUUACAUUCAAACUGGGAAAACCAUGAACACCAGAAAUAUUUUUGGAAUGUUAUUGUCUUGCAAGAGAAAAGCCAAUCAGGCAUUAGAAGACUAAACCGCAAGCAAGAACAUUAUUUUAUUUAAUAUAUUAGUUUGUGGUUUUGUGGCCAGUUCGCAUAUCCUGAUGUUUGCUGUGAUUGGUCGUAACAAAAUAAAGAUUCCUGAGAUAUUUUAAGUGUUCUCAGUUUUCCUGGUCAAACUGUAAUAUCACUACUUGCAGGAUUCCUUAAUGUGCAAAAUAAUGUUAUGCAGUAAAAAUAAAUGGGAAAAAAACCUAGCAAGUGCUUCCCUCAAUACAGAACAAAUGAAAAUAGGCCUCUCUUUUGGCCAAGAUUUAAAACAAUAAGGAAAACUCUACAGUCUGUAUCACAUGUAUUUAUGCAGGGUUAUUCCAUCGAGCUUCUCAGUCGUCUUGUUUUGUACAUGUAUUUAUGCUAGGAUUCAUUCUCGAAAGGGGCUCGUCUCGGUCUUACAGUAAACUUUCACCACGAACAUUCUAUCAUCCCGACUAGCUGCCCCUGGGUCUCCGAGGAUGGUUAGGAUUCAAUAUUGAUAUGUAAUGACUAAAAAUAUAUAUUCCAUGUGGUUUGUCUCAGAAAAUCUGGCUUAUUUGCAUCACUGACGGCUUCUUUGAGUGCAGCAAAGUCUGGAAUUCAAGGAUUUCUGGAGAAGUAAGUUCAGCUUGUACAUCAUCAUGUGUUGGUAGAGAACAAAAUAAACUAGUCUCAAAGGAAAGCUGAAAGCUCACAACUGUGGUUCUUAUAUAUAUUACCCAAUACUAAAGUGUGCCCAUUUUGCUUUAAGGUGUGUGAUAAUCCAUGGACUCUGACAGACACAAUUAAAGCUAAGAUGUUAUUUUGUGCUGCUCCAAUGUACCCCUUUUCUUACUAAACAUUCGGAUUUCUGUUAAUUUGUCUAGCUUUUCAUUAAUUUAUAUAAUGUUUGAAUAACAUUCACUUGUUUUAAUGAAUUGGCACAACCAUUAAUGCUAGUGGUCAACAUAAAAGACAAACAGUUUUAUCAAUUGUGAAUCGAUUCUAUAUUUUAUCUCAAAAUGUUGAGUUUGCUUUAAAACUUUAGUGUCAAUUUUUGUGGUGUAAUCUGAGUGCAACCGUGAUAAGUAAAUUGCUGCCAAAUUUUCCCUUAAAUGUCAAUAUGGGUUUCUAAUACGUAAAUAUCCACACAAAAUAAUAUUCAUCUCUCCCCAACAAAGAUACUUUGAACCUUGUUAUCAGGAUAGACUCUUAACCCUUUAAACCCUAAGAUCAAAAUUAAAAUUCUCAUUUGUCACUCCUAUUCAUAUACUAUAGAAGUGGUGGGGAGAAGUUGAUAAAAUAUCAAGUAAAUACAUCUUGUAUGAUCAUGUCCAUAAUUCUCAUGACCACUCUAUUUUACAAAGCAUUGCUAUCACAAGGAGAAAUCUGACGCUGAUCACUCUUAGGGUUUAAAAGAGUUAAUGAAUGUCGUCAUUAUCAUUCUUUUGUUUUAGGUCUUCACCAAAACAACGUAGACGUUCACCUCGUCCAGUACCCAUGGGUGAUGAUGAUAGUGAAGAUGAAACAGGAAAGUUGACACAAAGACCAAACUCAAAAGUUCCAACAGUGGAUGGAAUUGAUAAUCAUGAUGAAUUUACAAGGUACACCCGCUUUAGAAUGAUUCAAUAUUAAAUAGAUUUUCAGCCUGUUUACAGACCCUCUAUUUUCUCUUCAAAGUCCGCCGAGCAUGUGCAUGAUAAUAAAUAAAAACCACAGGAGAUUUAUUGACGGCCAGUGCAAGGGGGUAUGAAAAGAAAAAUAAACAAUGUCUGUGUACAGGUUAAUAGAUUUUCUCUGAAUGUGUCAGAAAUAAAGAGAUUUCAAAGUGUAGUUGGCAACCAUGCAGUCACCUCUCUACUGAAACAACUUGCCCCCUUCCCUGGGAAGGGGGUACUAAAAAAAAUGUUAUACAGGGCGGCUCCGCCCUGAGGUCCAACCCCUUCCCUUUUUUCAAGUAUAUACCAUUUUUGACUGAAAAGGUAACUUUUUAUUGACAAAUUGUACCCCUCUCACAUACUAGUUUAGAAUGCUGCAUCCCUUUUAACUUCUGUAAAUGCACCAUCUUUUAAAUAUGUUGAAAUCACUAAACCAGGAAGUUUUCCUGUCUUUUUUCACAGCCAUAAAAUGCACUUAUUUUCUUUUAGGUCCUUUGUACAGACUACAUUGACAGAUAUCCCUAGCCUUAAUAUUAUCGAUCUUCAUUCUCAAGUGAAUUGCUUACCCUUCAUAUACCUGAAUCCUGAAAAUACUGUACCCCAUUUGGGCAGAGCCUCCCUGUUUAGGGCAUUAUAGAGAGUACCCCCCCCCCCUCGACCCCCAGACCUAGCCCCACCCAUUCAAACGUAGGACAGCACUGCAGUGGAACCUGGAGUCAAGGAACCUCUAUAAUUAUAAUGAAGUCCUCGAUAUAACAAACGAUUUUCUUUACCCCAGUAAAUAAUAAAAUAUAUGAAAAAGAACCUCAAUAAAUUAUAAUGAAACCUCUUUAUAGCGAACAAAUUUUGUCAGUCCUUUGGCCCUUCAUUAAAUCAAGGUUCCACAGUAUCUACUGGUUAAAUCACUAUCCUGUAGAUACAUUUUAGCACUAUAUCUACCUUUUGAACUAGUUGGUUUGUAAAAACUUCAAAAAAAUUACCUUGUUUAAUACUUGAUGACCACACUUUUUAGCACAUGAACAUGACAGCAGGGAUGUCCCUAAGAGCCAGCAGCCGGCCAAUUUCACUGGCUGAAAAAGACCCAGUCACCGGCUCAAAUUUUCCCAGAAAACAAAUUUAAUUCAUAAAGUAAUUUAAAGUACAGUUAAGUAAAAAAGCUGCUUUGACCAACAAAAAAGCGUGUUUGGCUUUUCCUUGGCUACAUCCCAGUGACAGUGGAGAUAAUAAAAGAAAAUUCUUGUUACAGUUUUGAAAUAUCCCAGAUCAGAUCUAUAUAGCAGGUGUAGAAAAUAAAUUUUUGUGAUUUUGUUGCUUUAUUACAUCCCUUCCUCUACACAAAUAGCCACUGUGCUGAAAGUCAUUUAUGGUAUACAAUUUUUUUGCAUUAUUUUGUUCAGGGAAAUGCAGGCAAAAGGAGGCUUAAUGUAUGAGAGUGCCAACAAGACUAUUCAGCAUCUGUCCCAUGAUGCCUUGCCACCUCCACUCUCUCUCGAAGCACUUCAAGCUGAGGAUCAGCCCAAAGAAUAGAGCAAAAGUAAUUAAGACGGCAUACAAAUAGAGAGUGAAGGCCAGAGAGGGAGCAGUCAUAUGCUACAAAAAAUUAAUAAUAAUGAUGAUGUAAAAUAACAUGUGGAGCUGAGAUGAUAAUAUUGUAUGUGGAAUUGUAGUCUACAUGUUUACGUAAUUGUACCUUGCGGAAAGUCAAUGGGGACCGUAAGCAUCAAGAAAGCUGACACCCCGGACGUCAAAAAUGGCAACCAGUAGUUUGAUUUUUCUCUCUUUGAGUGCUCUGACUCAACAAAUUCAUGGAGUUAAAACAAAGGCAUUCAGAUUUGUUGCGUGCGACAGAAGUGAUCCACCAAGCGAGACAUAGAACUUCCAGUUGCUGUUCAUGACAUCUGGGGCAUCAGUGUUCUUGUUAGUUAAGCUCACUAUUUACCAAUUUGUGGGGGAAGGCAAGGUCGUUUUGGCAGAUUGUAGUGGACAGAUGUGUAUAAAUGAGCUGGAAGAAGAUAAUGAGGAUGAUAUUGCCUUAAAAUCCAUUCUUAUCAAUGAUCCUCUACUUAUUUAUAACAAAACGUCCCCACAACAAUUUGCUGCAUAAGCAUCAUAUCAAGGUGUUAACAACUGUAAUUAUGGGAACAUUGUCCUCCCACUGCCAGACAUUUUAUUUGUGCCCCAGAGAGUAACUGAAUUCAGCUUGCAAGUGAAAAAAUGCAGUAUACAGCCAAGAAUCUUUAGGCUUCUUAAACACAAACUGUGCAUUUUGAAGGGCCACAAAAACUUCAAAUGGGAAAGAGAUUACAGGUGCUUCUUGGUAUUGCAGAAACCUGCAUUCAUCGGUUCGCUUGUGUUGUGCUGCGGCUAUUGUUCAGUGUCUUGUUAAUCUUUUGUAUUUACGUCAUUUGGUGAUUAAAACCAUCUGCACAACUGAAAAAACAUAAACUAGAUUAUAGACACUGUUGCCCUUUGUACUGUUUAUGAAGUGAUAAUGACUUUUUUUAUAUAUAUUUUACCCCAACCACAACCCUCACUACUUUUUUUACCUUUACCUUUUGGUGACAAGUAUUGUUUUCUUUUAUUAUAAUAGAGAUAAUUGCAACCACUGGAAAAUGAAACUGUUCAUUUAGUAAGACAAAUUAUGAGAGCUUGUGGAUGAUGAUGUUCAGAAGUGUCUACAGUAUAAUGAAAAAGUCAGAUUAUGAAUUUUAUGAUAAUGCAAUGUGAAAGGGGAUGUUUUAAAAUAAUAUUAUAUUAUGUAUGGUUGUAAAUAGAUAAAUUUUCUUCUAUUAUAUUACCUGCCUUUAUCAUUGUUUAUUUGAUAGAUAGUAAAAGGUUAGAUUUAUGUAUUUUAGAAAAUGUACAUACUGCUAAAUAGUUCUCCAGUACUGAAACAAUAUUAUAAAAUAAUAGGCUAUUUAGCAAAGAAUACAUUUUGAAGAAAUUGAUAUCAGUAGAGUUAUUGAU